AAAAAACUAGGGCUUUUUCUUUUUACCGUAUCAAUGGCUCCCAAGGUUUCUAAGGCCGAGAAGAAGGUCGCUUACGAUCAAAAGCUGUGCAAAUUUCUCGAUGAGUACACACAGGUUUUGGUGGUGGCUGCGGACAACGUCGGCUCCACCCAGCUUCAGAACAUAAGGCGAGGUCUGAGAGGCGAUUCUGUGGUUCUCAUGGGUAAGAACACUAUGAUGAAAAGGAGUAUCAGGCUUCAUGUCGAGAAGACUGGGAACGAAGAUAUUCUCAGUCUCAUCCCUCUCCUUGUAGGAAAUGUUGGGCUGAUCUUCACCAAGGGUGACUUGAAAGAAGUCAGCGAUGAGGUUGCCAAGUACAAGGUUGGAGCCCCUGCUCGUGUUGGUUUGGUAGCCCCAAUCGAUGUUGUGGUCCCACCUGGAAACACUGGUCUCGAUCCAUCCCAAACAUCUUUCUUCCAGGUCCUUAACAUCCCAACAAAGAUUAACAAGGGAACUGUUGAGAUCAUCACCCCAGUUGAACUUAUCAAGAAGGGGGACAAAGUUGGGUCCUCAGAAGCUGCUCUGCUUUCGAAGCUGGGCAUAAGGCCUUUCUCUUAUGGGCUUGUUGUGCUCUCGGUUUACGACAAUGGCUCGGUUUUCAGCCCAGAGGUUCUUGACUUGACUGAUGAUGACCUCAUUCAAAAGUUUGCAGCCGGUGUCUCUAUGAUCACCUCUCUUUCGCUCGCCAUAGCUUAUCCGACCCUAUCGGCUGCACCCCACUUGUUGAUCAACGGCUACAAGAAUGUGUUGGCUGUUGCGGUAGAGACCGAUUACUCUUUCCGUCUGGCUGAUGAAGUCAAGGAGUAUCUUGCGGAUCCGAGCAAGUUUGCUGUUGCAGCUGCUGCACCUGUUGCUGCUGGUGGUGCUCCGGCGUCUGUGGCUAAGGAGGUGGAAAACAAAGAGGAGCCUGAGGAGUCUGAAGACGACAUGAUUAUAGGCCUAUUUGAUUAAGUUUUAAUGCUUUGUUUGCUGUCUUGGGCUUAUCGAGUACUGUGAGUUGACUUCUUAUUUGUUGGAGGUGGAAGUCGGACUAACUUUUUGUUGGCUUUUUAAUUUUUCAGCGACUUUUUCAAAACGCAAAUUAUGCUUGCAUUUAUAUUUUGGCUGCCUUUUGUUUUAUUCGUGUGGGAAUGCACAAGUUACUAAGCAGUUGGACAUUGUUAAGUGGGAAUUAUUUCUUGCGCGACUUCUAUAUAAAUCUCUAAAGCCA